CUGGCACACGUUCCUCUUGUCCUGUGUCUUUAGGUCGCCUGAUCCGCCGCCUCGGUCCCCGGCAGUGCGAGAGAGGAGCAUUUAUUGCGGCGCGGCGGCGGUCGAGCUCAUCAGCGCAUUCCUCCACUCCCACGCAAUGCGCGGCCCACGAUCCCGCUAGGGCUCGCCUGGAUUCUUCCGCAUUAACACAGAGAGGCUGUGGAUCGAUCCGAUAGGGGAUCGCCAUGUCUUCGUCUUUCCAGAUUGAGAGUGGAGGCGCCGGCACCAGCUAUCGCAGCGGCGAGCUCCAGCCAGUGACACAUUCUGGACGAUACAGGUCGAAUCACGAUCCCAGCACGAGCUACUACAUUCCCACCGGGUCGGGGUACCAAUCCCCGCCAGUAUAUGGGCAGCCUCCGCGACCUGGAAUGGCGAUGGAUGAGGAAGCAUUCAAGGACAAAGGGCUGCCCGCGCCGCCCCUGACGUGGAGCGGCCGAAUGGAGCGCUUCUUGGGUCUGAUGGAUUUCACAAACUGUGAGGUGUGGCGUGGAACUCUGGUCGAGCUCGUCGGCUUCUCGGCUUUCCAAUUCGCGCUUAUAACCGGCAUUGCCGCGUGCGUGGAUUUCAAGCAGCGAGGAAUCGCCAUCGCUCUCGUCUACUUCCUCGUCUGGGCGGCGUGCAUUCUCGCGGCACUGUCCGUGUGGGUGGGCGCCGGGCACCUCAACCCGAUCUUCACAUACACGACCAUGCUCACGGGCCACACGACCGCGGUGCGAGCAAUGCUCUACAUGGCAGCGCAGAGCUUGGGAGCUUUGAUCGGGACUCUGGCAGCAAAACAGGUGGUGGCGCGGGACUUCGUCGAGAAAAACUCCCUCGCCGGGUGCCUGCUCGGAGAAGUUGUGAGAACCUCUCGGGGGCUCGAGUGGCCGGAGGGACUCACACCGCGAGCGGGGCUCAUCUCGGAGAUCUUCUUCACGUUUCUUCUCAUUUUCGUGGCCUACUCGACUCUCCUCGAGCCCGGGAACUUUCGCCAGACUGGUCCAAUUCUCGCUGCUCUCAGCAUCGGUGGCGCGGCAGGACUGUUUACUUUCAUCUCGUCGCAGCUCAAGUCUCCAUACUACUCGGGCGCUGGGAUGAAUCCCGCGAGGUGCCUGGGACCGGCCAUCGUCCAGGGAAGCACGCUCUGGGAUUGCCACUGGGUGUUCUGGGCCGGUCCGUUCAUCGCUGGAACCAUUUUUGGGGUCGUGUUCCGGCUCGUCGCGAAUAAGCAGCCACAGAUGAUGACCACCGAGGAGGAAUUCUACGCGCCUCCGCCGCCACAGGCCGUGGUUCCGGCUCCGGCACCGACGCCGCAAGAGAAGAGGAUGGACGUCUUUCUCCACAUCAAGGCGAUGCUACACCGGAGCGAGAGCGAGCGGGAGAGAUCGAGGUCCCGGUCGAGGAACUUGGUGGAGGAGAUGCCGUCGCAACUUUGAGGACUGCCGCUGCUGCCGUGUAAUGUGUAUGUGAUUGGUGAAAGCGAGAAGUAGCUAUAAAUCAAAGGUUGCGGUUACUGGAGAGCUAAGCUUACUUCACUGGUGAUAGAUGCCUUUGUUAGGUAACUAUCUCCGUUUUGCAGGCUCAAAGUUAGGUGACCACACACCACCACCAGUUCGCCCAUCAGCGUUGCGACGUCCGAUGAUCCUGUUGCUAUAAUGGAUCGUGAGCUGGAAUCCAUGGCGUUUGUACGCAAGUAAACUUUCUUUCGCUUUUC